UUCACUGUCAGUUCUCCACCGGACAAACACAGCUAAACGCUUUCUCACAGACGAAGCUGCUUCUGACUCCUUCGCCACUUAAUUACUUAUUUUUUUUCAAGCGCCGAAGCAGAUUUUGGUCGCAUCUGACUCGGGUUUUGCUUUUGGAGUCUAUUUUACACACAAGACAGAAUCACUGUCCUGCAGAUCUCUAGACAUCAAGUGAUAUUCGGAGGCUCUGGUGUGAUGUCAGACCCAGGCGACUCAGAUGACAGAGAGCUGAGGCCGGUGGACUUCAUCCAGCUCCAGCAGUACAUUGACUACUGCAGUCUAAAAGUAAAAGACGUGUUAAAGGAAUUCAAUGCAGAUGGCAGGUUAGCCAAGUACAGACACGGAGAGUGCAUUGAUGAAGAAGGUUUCCGCCUCUUCCUGAAGACAUAUUUGGAAGUGGAGGACUUCCCAUCAGAUUUAUGUCAACGUUUGUUCAGAUCCUUCCAGAAUUCAGAGUCAGCGAAAUCAGAUGAAAACAGUUGGAUUGAGGAUGAAGAUGAGGAUUUUAGUACACUGCACACACUGGGAACACCAGACAAGGAAACAACGAUGGGAAACAGGAAACAGAAACAAGGAGUAGCCAGGAGAAAGUCUGGGGAAGUCUUUCUGAAGGAUGUGUCCUGUUAUUUCUCUCUCCUGGAAGAGGGGCAGCCCAGGGACAAACUUGAUUUUGCCUUUAAACUCUACGACAGAGAUGGCAAUGGUUUCCUGGACAGUUCGGAAGUGGAUCGUAUUAUUGCCCAGAUGAUGCAUGCAGCGGAUUACCUCGGCUGGGAUGUGUCUGAACUGAGGCCUGUAUUGAAGGAUAUGAUGACAGCCAUUGACGCAGACAGCAGUGGAACAGUGUCAUCAGAGGAAUGGGUGGAUGGGGGACUGAAGAACGUCCCGCUACUGGUUUUACUAGGGCUGAAGAUGACCCAGAAAGACGGCCAGCACCUGUGGAGGAUGAAGCAUUUCAACAAGCCCGUGUACUGCAACGUCUGUCAGAAUAUGCUGCUCGGGCUGCGCAAACAGGGUCUCUGCUGCACCUGCUGCAGAUACACAGUCCAUGGGCGAUGUGCCAAUAAAAACCCAGCUCCAUGCACCCGCACAUAUGUGAUGUCAAAGAAAGAGACGGGGAUCGCGGUCCAUGACUGGGUGAGUGGAAACUGUGAUUCUGGGAAGUGUGACGGGUGUCAGAAGAAGAUCAAGAGUUUGCACGGUCUUACCGGGAAGCGCUGUGUGUGGUGUCACACCAUGAGACAUGAUGCAUGUGCAACCCAGGAGCCAUUUACAUGUGAUUGUGGCCCUUUCAAGGUUCAUAUCUUACCACCUUGGGCCAUUUAUCCUGUUAUCAAGGAAAGGCCGAACUGCAUAAAGAACGGCGGCUCAUUUCCAGAUGAUGACAGUGAGCUAAACACCACACCUGAUGGGCAGGUGCUGCGGAUCAGCCCCAUUCCAGACACUCGUCCUCUUUUGGUGUUUGUCAAUCCUAAAAGUGGAGGUAAACAGGGAGAAAGGGUCCUUCGGAAAUUUCAAUACUUAUUGAAUCCUCGGCAGGUUUAUAACCUUUCCAAUGGUGGACCAGGACCAGGGUUGAGUUUCUUCAGAGACGUGCCAAAUUACAGAAUAUUAGUUUGCGGAGGCGACGGCACAGUUGGCUGGAUUCUUGAUGCUAUAGAUAAAGCCAAUCUGCCAGUGCGCCCCCCAGUGGCUGUGCUUCCUCUGGGUACAGGAAAUGAUCUCGCACGCUGUCUUCGAUGGGGAGGAGGUUAUGAUGGAAUGGAUCUGGGCCGGAUCCUGAAGGACAUCGAGGUCAGUGAGGAGGGACCGAUGGACCGCUGGAGUAUACAGGUGACUCUAGAGGAUAGUCAGGAGAGAGGAGACCCUGUGCCCUAUGAAAUCAUCAACAACUAUUUCUCCAUUGGAGUGGAUGCCUCCAUUGCUCAUCGAUUCCACACCAUGAGGGAGAAACAUCCACAAAAGUUUAACAGCAGGAUGAAGAACAAACUGUGGUAUUUUGAAUUUGCCACGUCUGAGACGAUCUCAGCAUCUUGCAAAAAACUCAAAGAGUGUCUCACCAUUGAGUGUUGUGGGACCCAGCUGGAUCUGAGUAGUCUUUCACUGGAGGGUAUCGCCAUCCUCAACAUUCCCAGCAUGCACGGAGGCUCCAACCUCUGGGGUGAGGCAAAAAAAAGUGACCGAAUGGACCAAAAGUUGCCAGAAGUCAUAGUAGACCCUGAAAUCUUAAAAGUGAGCCCACAAGAUAUGAGUGAUAAACGUUUGGAAGUGGUGGGACUGGAAGGAGCCAUGGAGAUGGGACAGAUUUACACCGGCUUAAAGAGCGCAGUCAGACUUGCCAAAACAUCUCAGAUUACCAUCAGGACAAAGAAGCCUUUGCCCAUGCAGAUUGAUGGAGAGCCGUGGAUGCAGCCGCCUUGUACUAUUCACAUCACACAUAAGAACCAAGCCAGUAUGCUGAUGGGCCCUCAAGCCAAAUCCGGCUUUUUCAAAUAGAUUCAUCUACGCAUGAGGAUGAUCCCGUUUGCUUCAAAACUCUGUGUGCAUUAAAAGGACUGAAGGCAAUGACAGUUUGUGUACAUUUUGCAAAAGAAGAUGCUUAAUAAGGUUUUAGCUUAUACUGAAAUCCUUGUGUGUUUUUAGAAGAUGAUCCUUACAUGAGGUACAAACUUUUCACUGAUAUCCAAUAUGCUCUCUUUAAAGAAAUAUAGUGCUCAAACUGUAGGUCAUGCAUUUUUGCCUGCAUUUUUUUUUUUGCUGUGAUACACAUAUCAUGUGCACAGGUCAUUCCAAAUAAAUAGCUUGUUUUAAGGUUAUGUAGGUGUACAUAAAAUAAGCUUCAAGUGUACGAAUCGAGGUUUGAUGCAGUUAUUUUGCUGUAAAGUGGAUUUCAAAACAAGAAGCAGAUCUGUGAUAAUUCUGCAUAAGGCUUUUAGUUUUUUCUUUAGUUUUCAGCCUAAAUUUUCUGCUGCUGCUGCCAUAAAUAAUCAUGAAUGUUAGGAUUAAUCCACGCUAAACAAAGUGCACGUGUGCUUCUUGCCAGAACAGUGAUUAGCUUUAGAUAAUUAAGCUUAAGGAGGCAUCUAAUAUACUGCCCACUAAAACUUAAACACCUAAAAUAGUAGGUGUACAAUUUAGACAGUAAAUUAAAACAAAAUUAGCUCUAUUAAUAGGUUAUUUUUAAUGUAUAAAGAAUGUAUUGAGUCAGUUGUGUAAAUGUGAUUUUUGCAGCAUUUCAUACAUUUACACAGUGAUCGUCCUUUAGUCAUUCUGUUGUGUAGAUGAAAUCCUAUAGGGUUUAAAUUAGAUCGCUCAUUUAUGGCACUCUGGUAGACUUUUGAGUUUAUGAUGCACCUAAGAAUGUAGAGGAUCAGUUAAUUUUGUGAAUUUGUCUGAAUAAACAUUUCAGUGUUUGAUGA